AUGAACCAUGGAUCCGGUCACUGCCUUUGGAAUCGUCUCGGGGGUGUUCAGGUGGUGCAGGCCAUCGCUUCAACGGUGCAUGAUCUGAACCAGCUAUACGGGAAAUUCAAGGAUGCUGACCUCACCAUCCAAUCGCUGAUCCAAGAGCUGAGCUGCAUUAGUACAGCUCUAACCGGCCUGAAGGAAUGGACGCGCACCAAUGGCACCGAUGGACCGUCGUCUGACGAAUACAACCGAGACCUGGCAGUCGCCAUGGAAGGCUGUCGGGUCGUUAUGGAAGUGGUCUCCCACGAUAUAUCACACUUGGUGCAAGGCAUCCACGAGGAACAAUUCACCGGUUUCCGCGCUCGCAUGCGAAUUGUAUGGAGCGAAGAAACCAUGAGGGGGCACCAGGAGAAGCUCCACGCUCAGGUUAGCGCUCUGCAGCUUCUGCUACAAGUCUGUCAAUGCCGCUCAUUCACGGAACAAAUGAGGAUGCUCAGAACACCGAACACUCGUCGAAUAAUCCAUAGAGUCGCGGAUGACACUGCUACUAUAUUGUCGGCUCGCGGAUCGUCAUACGCGACAAGCGUCUCGCAGAGCCGUCGCCAAUCAAUCAGUGCCCGGUCUGUUGAUUUCAACCAGACAUUGGAAGAGUCACCGGUGUAUCAAUGGGCUCAAAAACAGCGAGUGUCUACUUUUGCAACGGUUGAGACUCCUCCGACUGUCCCUAGCAGUAAUCGGAGCCCGUUUACCAAUGAGACGCGAAGCAGUAGCCCAGCAACCAGCAAUAUGACUAUUCCCUCGUUGAAAAUAUCUCCACAGCAGGAAGGCAAUUAUGUUGUACCAAGAAGUCCAUCCGGACCAGUGCACCAUCCAGUGCAUAGUAAGAGCGUGUCGAUAGGAGAUGUUUCGCGUCGGCCAAACCUGGGCAGCUUGCAGAGACAUGUCUCCGACUCAAAAGUUCCAUCUCGAUCAUUGCGACGAUCUGGAUCCACAUUGGACAAAAUCAAAGGUCUCAUGGGACGCCCCAGUACUCGGACCGCUUCAACUUUGAGCCCGUCUCAUGGGGCCUCACCUAGUUUGUCCAAUAGCUCCGCUUCUGGCAGAAGAAGGCGUCAGCUAGGAGCCGAUUUCAACACCAGCAUUGACCUCACCUCCAAAGACGCAAUUUUCUUACCUGAAAUUGUCAAGGCAGCCCAAUCUGGUACUCGAGAGGACAUUGAGCGGCUUGUAAUCCAGGGCAAUGAUCUGGAGGUACGAGAUACGACGUGGGGCAGGAACGCUCUUCUCAUUGCAGCACAUUGUGGCAAAGAAGAUAUAGUUGAUCUGCUGCUGCGCAAUAAUGCACAAGUCGCCGUGACUGAUGGAUCCGGCUGGACAGCACUUCAUCUCGCCGCCUCUCGUGGACACUACGGUGCUGUGGAGCUUCUGGUGGUAGAGAGCGAUCUCAUGGAAGUUCAAACCCCUCGGGGCGAGACUGCGUUGCGCAUUGCCGCGGACUACGGCCAGGCAGACGCAUUACUAGUCUUGCUCAACUAUCAUGCCCAGGUGAAUGCUCGAGCAGAGAAGCAACUCACUGCUCUUCAUGCAGCUGCAAAGCGAGGAGAUCAUGAGAUUGUGUGGCUUAUGGUUCGUUACGGUGCCGAUGUGGAGGCCAAAGAUGGCACCAUGAUGACGGCUCUGCACUAUGCUUGCAGAGAGGGCCACUUGGAGGUCAUGAAAAUUCUUCUGGACAACAAAGCAAACAUCGAAGCACUUGGAGACGAUCGCAAAACACCCUUGAUAUGUGCAGCCGAAGCUGGAAGUUCGCAGGCAGUUGAGUUCCUUCUGAAGCGAAAGGCAUCUUCUCGAAAAACCGACGAUACAGGUAUGACCGCUCUCCACUGGGCUGCUUAUAAUGGCCAUGAAGAGACCGUCCGGAUCCUGAGUGAGAAGAAGAAAGUACUACUUGACAUGGCCAAUGAAAGUGGCAGGACAGCUCUACACUUGGCAGUCAUGCAGUCCAACUUCGCCGUGGUGGAGUUAUUACAACGCAAAGGAAUGUCCCUUGACAGACGCUGCAACACAGGUCUUACAGCGCUUCACUAUGCUUGCAUGGCAGACAGCUUCGAAAUUGCAAACCUCCUACUUCUAUCAGGCGCCGAUAUUGAGGCGGCGGAGUCUCAGCAUGAGCAACGUUCUUUGCACAUUGUCGCAUCUAAAGGAUCAAUCCAUAUUCUAGACUUGUUGUGUGACAAAGGCGCCUCUCUCAAUGCUCGAAACGGCGUCGGUGAUCGGGCUCUUUGCGUAGCAAGUCGCUACGGACACACGGCCACUGUUCAAAGGUUACUUGAUCGGGGAUCGCCGCUUUCAAUGAAGUUCGAGACUAGUCUUCGCGAGGACUCUCCUCUAUGCCUGGCUGCUCAGGGAGGCCAUUUGAAUUUGUGCUCCCUUUUAUUGAAUCGGGGUGCAUCAGCUUUGAAGAAAGACGAGACAGGAUGGCAACCAUACCACCACGCUGCACACCAUGGCCAUGCAGAUAUCUUGGAAUUUAUACUAUCUCGCAGUAACAUUCUCGAAACAGGGAAGACUGAUCUCAUGAGCAUUCCUAAGACGAUUGGAUGGUCACCUAGUGUUUCUGAGGAUAAGAAGAUUGAAGUCUUGCAGCUACUGAAGCAGACUUUGAAUCCUGCCAAUUCAUAUACGACAUCUUCAACAUCAAACUCCACUCAAAAUUAUUUUCAACAUCCUUCACAAAGACUAAGUCAACAUCUGGAUCAGCCUUCUGUCAAUUUGCCGGCACAAUUCCCCACACAUUCGCCAAUGCCUCAAGCAUCAAGUCCGCACCAUUCAAUAACAACAGCGUAUAGACCGCCGGUCUUUCACUAUUCUAUUCCCAUCCCUACUGCUUAUGAAGCAGACAGCUCCACUCCCCAAGAGCUUCCAGGAAGCUUGGACCUGGACUCUUCGAGUACACGUUCAAUAGGCCCAGAGAAUACACCAACCAACGUUCAUGCCGCACUUGCUCGCGACAUUUCACGCACGGGUAUUCUCAAAACGAGACAAAGCAACGAGCCAACAGCUCCUUUAACCAAUGAUCGAAUUGCCGCUUUGGCCAGGGAGACUCAAGGAACGCCUGGGUCACAAUCUCAACAGCACAGAGGAAGAAGAAGCCCAACAAGAUUUCCAAGUCACAAUCUGCCUCGAGUUCACGCAAAUUACUCGCCAAUUUCAUUACCUCCACCUCCAUCUCCGUCUAUACAUCCACCACAAUCGUUGCCAUAUCGCACGGGAAAUCAAACUUCUCUAAAGAUAUCGCCUUUGAAUUCGGAACGGUUUGUUGAGAUAUCGCAGAUCCCAGGAUCGCUUCUGGCAAGACAGUAUACGGUGUCCAGGACUGGCUCUGAAGGCCUUGAUGAGGGUCGAUACGAUGAUAGUUCUGAUACAGACUCGAUAUCUUCUGUUUAUACGGCGCCCGAAGGGGAGGAGCCCGGGAUGCCGACACAUUUGGAGAGCCAUGAAAAGGUCACGCUUGUUUGA